AACACCUUUCUUGUAACCGAACAAUUUUUGCCGCUCAUAUCCAGCGGCGGAUCGAGAACACAGUAGAGCACUGGGCCGUAUUUCAAUAUAAUAUUAUAUACCGUAAACAAAAAUAGUCAAUAUUUUUAAAUUUUAGUAUUCCAAAUAAAAAAAUAGUUACAAGAUUACCAACGAUAAUAGACAAAUGAUUAAUAAUUUGAUGCGUUACAAAAUAUUUAGCUAAUAUUUUGUAUUUCGAAAGGUUUGGCUAAUAAUUUGGAAAGUCUAAAAGGUUUAACUAAUAAAUUGUAUUUACUCAAAAUUAGUUUUCACAUAUUUCAUUGCUUAAAAUAUUUUCUCCACGGUAGCCGCUGAAACGGGCAAUGUCAACACUAGACGAAUCAACCCACAAAUCAAUUUGUUUAGAGGGUUUUCUUAUUUCAAUGAAACUUUAUACAUUCUUUUACAUUUUAGACUUUUAGGUUUUGUUUUUUUUUUUCAAAUGAAAAUCAUUCGGGCUAGAAUUCUUAAACUAAAUUGAGAGUAAUGAUUUUCAUAUGUUCAUCUAUACCAUUUUUCUAACUACACAAAAUUAUUAUCAAAUAAGACUCGACCGACCAUUAAAUAAUACUAGGCCGAAACCCUAAAUCGAAAAAUUUAUAAGCUCUAUACUAGCUCUGGAUCCGGCGGAGGGCUGGGCCGUGGCUCGGGUUGGCCCAGCCCAAAAUCCGCCGAUGCUCAUAUCCCAAAUCGAUAGUCGAGAUGUCACAUAUUGAAAUCCUCACUAUUUCUCAUAUCAAAUUCUUGAUUUACACUCGUGAUAUAAUGGAUUUGUAUAAACUUUAAGACUACAAAAUUUCAAUUGCUUGGCGUAACUUCUAAUUAUUGAGAAUAAGUAGGUCUAUCUUGACAAUUAAUUAAAAACUAGAAAAUUUCUUAUUUUCGGAUGAUAUCAUCGACAACCACCAAAACAAACAUUAGAAACAUUGGCGGUCAAAACGUGGAAUAUUUAAGAGUUUCUGUUUUGUCCACCCAACAAACAACAAUGGAAAAAAAUGGAGAAAAGCAAAGGGUAGUAAAAAAGAAAAAAAGAAGAGAAGAUCCCUCCCAAAAUCAAGAAUCCGUUACUUUUGAAAAAGUAAAAGCUCCUUCCUUUCUUCUACCAGACCAGACCAGACCACAGAGAAGAAAGAGAGUAAGUGAGCAAUUUUUGGGAACCGGUAGUUGUAUUGUUUUUCUUUCUUUUACGGGGAGACGAAGCAGCAGAGGGGAACGGCAAUGGCGAGGUGAAAAAUUAAUACAAUAAUUAAUUAUUAUCACCGCCAGAGCAGAGACAAGGGAGAAAGGUGAAAGUUGUUGCUGUGGUGGGGCUAAUAACAAUUACCAACAAUGGCGGGGCCGGCUCGUAAGCCAGAGGUGAAAUUUCUUUGGUUUAUUGGGUUUUCUAUUUUCUCUUGACGCUGGAGAUAAAGUAAUUAGGGAAUUCUCCCGCCUUCCCGCUUCUGCUUGAAUCUACCCUUUUUCUCUUUCUCUUUCGGCCUUCCAAUUCCUUCCCUCUUCCACCCAUUUCCUUAAAAAACUCAUCCAUCCAUCCCCCAUCUAGCCGACAAAAAAGGAUAACCCACAUAAAACCCAUCUUCGAUUCAUGGAUUGAGGAAGUCGGAUGUAGUCGUCGCUCGCUGCCGAAGAAGAAGAAGAAUAAGCAGCAGAGACUGACUGAGUGAGUGGACUCACUCUGCGUAUGUGGGUAAGGGGUUAGCCUGCCUCUCCAUUCCAACUCUGUCUCUCGCCAUGGAUACGCCGCAGAAGACCCAGAUCGCUGCUUCUCCGCUCUCGAAGUUCGAGGAAUCCCCAGUGUUUAACUACAUCAACAGCCUCUCUCCAAUCAAGCCAGUCAAGUCACUCAACAUAACUCAAACAUUCCAUUCACUUAGUUUCUCAUCCUUACCCUCCAUUUUCACUUCACCUCAUGUCACCUCCCACAAGGAAUCCAGGUUUCUUAAAAGGCACAGUUUCCCGGAUCCGUCAAGGCUGGAACUUUCUUCUGACGCGGUGAAGAAAGUAGAUGAUGGCAAUGAAGGAAUUGCUGUGGAUGUGGUUCAUUUAUACGAUGACAGGUCUUCCCAGCCACAGGAGAAUUAUGAUUCAGUGGUAUUUAUUUCAGAUGCCUCAGUCGACCUACCUAAGUCAUUAGAGUAUGACUGUGGUAGCCCUGGUGUCCAGCAGAAACCUCAACAAGUUGGAGUAUUCGAAUCAGGUGGUCAGUUUACAAGUGAAGCUUCACAAAAGAGCGAGCCUCGAGGCUUGGAGGCAUACCAGACUCGGCAGCAAAGUAAUGAUGGUGCUGCUGAAUGCGAUUGGGAUAGUUUGAUAGAUGCUGCUGAUCUCUUGAUCUUCAACUCCCCUGCUGACACCGAGGCUUAUAAAGGGCUCAUGCAGAAACAAUUAGGCCCUAAUGCAGUCUUUUCUGCCUCCUUGACUGAUUUGCACAUUCCCGCUGAUGAUUCAGUUGGCCAGCAGGAGAUGGAAGGGCCUUCUACUCAACCAGGAGAAACUAUUUUGGUGAAGGAAGAUAAUAAAAAUAAUGGCAUGUCUAGCAAUAGUGAGGCUGCUGCUGCUGCUUCGAAUCUUUAUCGUGGCAUGAGAAGGCGCUGUCUUGAUUUUGAAAUGGUAGGAACUCGUAGGAAGAACCCAAUGGCUACACAGGAGCAAAUAGAAGAGAAGAUAGCUUCUGAAGAUAAUAAGCAACUGGUCCCUUUCAACCCUAGCAGUGAUUCCUCAAAAAUCAUUGUACCUGGAAUUGGUUUGCACUUGAAUUCCCUGGCAAUAAGUUCCAAUAACAGAAGAAACAGUGUCAAUGAGGCUUUGUCCUCUGGACCAAGUUUGCCGAGUUCUGAUGACUCCUUCCACUCUCCAACAACUGCUCAAGAGUUUCUUGAAUCAUUGACUUUAGCCUCCAUGGAAAGGGGCUUGGAUCCCACUGAGAAUGAUGUGGCACUUGCUGAGGAUGUCUCUCCUGCAUCUGCUUAUUUGGUUAAUGAACAGUUUGGACCUGGUAGUCCCAAAAAGAAAAGGCGCAAGGUGGAAGGCGAACCUGAGGCAUGUAAGCGCUGUAACUGCAAGAAGUCCAAGUGUUUGAAGCUCUACUGUGAAUGUUUUGCUGCUGGGGUCUAUUGCAUUGAACCAUGUUCUUGUCAAGAUUGCUUCAAUAAGCCCAUUCAUGAAGAUACAGUUUUGUCAACUCGUAAGCAGAUUGAGUCUCGCAACCCACUUGCAUUUGCUCCUAAAGUGAUUAGGACCUCUGAACCAGGACAUGAAAUUGGGGACGAGUCCACUAAAACACCUGCCUCAGCUCGACACAAGAGAGGAUGCAACUGCAAGAAAUCAAGUUGUCUGAAAAAAUACUGUGAAUGCUACCAGGGUGGAGUUGGCUGCUCCAUUAACUGCCGGUGUGAAGGCUGCAAGAAUGCAUUUGGCAGAAAAGAUGGUUCUGUUUUACCAGAAACAGAAACCGAGCCAGAAGAUGAUACAGAAGCCAAGGAGAAAAAUGCAUUAGAAAUUUCAGCAAAGCAGAACGAUAACCAGACCAUUGAAGAGCAAAACAUGAACUCCGGUCUCCCUGCAACUCCGUUGCAGUUUUCCAGAACUUUGGUUCAGAUGCCAUAUUCUUCAUCAGCUAUCAUCAAACCACCAAGGUCUCUUCUUGGAAUUGGAUCAUCUUCAUCCAAUGGAUUAUACCAGACCCACAACUUCGGGAAACCGAGCAUCUUCAAAACUCAAUCCAAGCUUGAAAACAGACCGUUUCAGGGGAUUUGUGAUGAUGAUAUCCCAGAAAUCCUGAGAGGCAGCAGCUUCUCGCCUGGUAUGGGAAUCAAGGUAUCUUCUUCACCAAACAGCAAGAGGGUAUCUCCACCACACCACAAUAACUUGGGAACUUCAACCUCAGCUUCCUCAACAUCUCCUGGGCGUAGGAGUGGCAGGAAGAAGCUGAUAUUGCAGUCCAUACCUUCUUUUCCUUCUCUUACUCCCACUCAAAUGAAAUGAUGAUGAUGAUGAUGAUGAUGAAUUGGAGGAAGAAGAAGAAGAAAGGAGCAAAUUCUCUAUCAAAAUCUUGCUGAGAGAGAGAAAAGGGAAGGCCACACUUGGUAGUCUUAGUAGCCUGUAGUAGAAUGUCCAUUAUUGUUGUUCUUUGGUUCUUUUAGAAAGUUGGUUGUGUAUAAUAAGAUGCAAGCAAUCCUCUGUAGGUUCUCAUAAGUUCACAUAAAGUAGUAAAACUACCUUCUUGUAAUAUAGGUUUCAAAGGUUUUGUUUCUGCCUUCAAUCAAAUAUUUAGAACGUGCUAUGGGUUAGUUUCUCUAUACCCCAAGUAUAGAUUAUAGAAGCCAUGUGUACCAAAUAGCCCGUUUGAAAAAAAGGCUAAUCUGAAUGCUCUCUCAGUUCUUGCAUGAUUAGUCAUCCUCAUUCCUGGGGUUAAUUACAAUGAUGGUCACUGGGUUUACUAAAACCGUUCAUGUUUGGUCACUGCAAAUAUUUAAUUUCAUUCAUGGUCACUAAGAAUAGUUCAAUAGUUCAAGUUUGGUCACUCUCCGUUAGUCUCCGUUAGUUUUUGCUGAUGUGACAGUCAACUAUUAUAGUUGACCGUUAAAUGAGUGACGUGGUCAUUAAAAAAAUAAUAAAAUUUAAAUAUUUACAAUUUCCACCUUAUUUUACAACUAUUAAGAAAUAAAAAUAAAACUUACCUCCUCCUCUGCCACCGGACCAUCCCCUAUUCAGACGACGGAGAUCAAUAUCCUCGGCGCUUCCCAGAUCCAAAGUUCUGUGAUCUGAAAAAAAUUGUAAUUGCUUCUUAGUUUGCAACAGGAUUGCUUACUAUUGUUAUUUUCCGCUUCUCCGAUUGUGAAAAAAAAAUUUGUUCGUUCUCCGAUUAUUAUCAGUUAUCACUAUUGAUCUGCUGAACGGAAGAUUCUCGCUAUUGUUUCCGAUUUCGUGUUUGUUAUUCGUUCGUUCAUUCAUACCCGUCUCUGCCUGGUUCUCUGUGUGCUGCGUUAUAAUAAUACCUUCGUUGCAAAGCUUGAUUUUGAUUUCGGCAUAAUCUGGUUUAGAGAAGAAAAAAAAAGGAAACCCUAAAACAAUGGCGGCGACGAUGACUACGUCGGUGCGGUACAAAUUCCUGAGUUCUAGGGAUUUAUCCGAGAUCCAAAUGCAGGGGCCUUACGUAAUCGUCGGGGAUCUGAAACUGGCGAUUUUCAAACAAAGAAACCUCGUUGAAACUGGCGAUUUCCAAAACCUCUUGUCCUUAUGGCUUGUGUUGCUAGCUGGGUGUUGGAAAGAAGGGGAUGGUCCACUGCCAGAUAAGUUUUAUUUUUAUUUUUUAACCGUUGUAAAAUGAGGUGAAAAUUAUAAAUAUUUAAAUUUUAUUAUUUUUUAAUGACCACGUCACUCAUUUAACGGUCAACUAUAGUAGUUGACUGCCACAUCAGCAAAAACUAACAGAGACUAACGGAGAGUGACCAAACUUGAACUAUUGAACUAAUCUUAGUGACCAUGAAUGAAAUUAAAUAUUUGCAGUGACCAAACAUGAACGGUUUUGGUAAACCCAGUGACCAUCCUUGCAAUUAACCCUGAUUCCUGAGCAGAAUUCAGUGUAACGUGCCUUGGGUAGGGGUGACAAUAUAAUUCUAUGCACGGAGAUCCUACUCUAUCCAACCCGGUCAAAGCGGGUAAAAUCUGUGUUGACGGAGAACGGGUCGAGUUCGGGUUUAAACCCGUUCUAUUAUGUUGUGGGUUGGGUUCGGGCUUAGCCAUAUCCAAUACGUUCCAACUCGUACCCGUUUGAUUUGUUCUUCAUUAUUGUAUUGAAUGAAGUUGAUAUUAUGGAAUGGAGAGUGAAGAAGUUUAGUUGACAAGGAGGAAGAAGCUUUCAAUUAAUUAUGUUGUUUAUAAAUGUUUAUUUUUAAU